GUUCACUUACCAGCAAGAGCGAUACAUAUUGGAGAAUAGUGCGCGACCCGCGGAUUUGUACUCUAAAUCCUUCCUCCCCCUUCUUCAUCUUCUUGAGUUCGGAGUGUGUGUAUGUAGUUGACCCCCCUGUGUUCCUCCGACCGGUAGACCCCAAAAACAAGUGUGGUUCACCCUUCUGAUUCAGGUUGUUUUGUUUGGGGCUUUGGAUCCGAGAGUGGUUUCCAGCUGAUGUCGACGUUGAUGCUGAUUGCUGAUCCGGUGCUGACGGGUAGUUGUGAUUGGUUGACUGUUUGGUGAAGUCUCGAACGGAUUAUAAGUGACAACGUCCUUCCUUGAUUAUGGAAGGCUUUGAGUGAAGCGUUCAGACUUAAUCAGAAUCCGAUUCGGUCAUGAGGGUGCUUAAUGCAACAAUGUUACAAGUGCCGAAGUCAGUUUAGCGUGCAAGGAGUUGACAGUUUACGUUCCAAACUAACGGAUUGACUUGGCUUGGUAGUUACUGUAUUGAGCAGCGCGUUUACUGUUUCAUGAAACUAGUAGUGAAUGAGAACAUUGAAGGAGGACACGGAUCAGAAACUGGUUUUCCACGCUUGAGUAGUGCUGUUUAAAGUGUUUUAACAGGACUGUAAAAGUUUAGUGUGGUUCAAAUUAAAGUUCAUUAAAAAUUAAUAGCCUGAGCGAGGCAGGCUGCAAUGAAAACAUGUCCGUCAACGGCUAAAAUGCAACUUUCGCUCACAUGUGUGGCCUAUCGUUCAUGUGGCAUGCUUGUUCGAUAUUGGCAUCAGAUCGUACUCUUGUUUGCAGUGCUGCUGCAGCAGCAGCAUAAACUGAAACAGGCUCCAGUGUGAUCAGUGCGCAGAAUAUGUCAAUGAUCAGUAAACGGUUCAUAUAAAAUAUAAGCAACAUGUGUUAUGCAAUCGUUCGUCUCUCCUUCGAUCCUUAACGUGCGCCGGACGAUCGACUAGAGCAAGUACCAUUCAUCGAUGUUAGCAAUUAUUGUCAAGUAAGCGUAAUAAAAAGACACAAGCGAGAGAAAAAAAAUCGAAGGAAAGAUACAAAAACGUAAGUUAAUGUAGUGAAUAAUUCAUAAAUUUAUUAACGGCAAUGGGACGAAAAUAAACGGACAGUGUAGAUCAAGGGAAGAGUGGUGAAAAAUGGGCGAAGCGCGAAAUCGGGUGAAAUAAAGCAUGAAUAAUCCGGUAAGAAACGCGAAACACGACGAAAGUUUAAGCAAGUAAAUGGUACCUAAGUGUUCAGGAAUCGCAAGAUACAACGCGAUUUUAUGAAUGGAUGAGAGUGGAUGAAUAAUAAAUAACCUUCAAGUGGCGGGAGCACGUGUGCAGCGUCGUCGUGCUGCUUUUCAACUCACUGUGUCGUGUAUGAUAAUUGUACAUAAAUUUAUGCACAUAAUCUAGUGUCACACAGUUAGUGCACCUACUGGCAAAUACAAAUCUCUACGUGUGUGCAGCGAAAUUGCUAAAUUCGUUUAAAGUGCAGUGUCUGGGAUAAUCCAUGCACCAAAUUGAUAAGGUAGAAAAAAGCCAUUUUUCCAAUUCUGCUUCCAUCCGUAAGCGCGCGAAGUGCUCGCGACGAAGAUUCUUCAACCUCUCCCUUUCUUGGGCGAAAAUGCAAAAUAGGUGGAAAACACGUGCAGCACUAAAGAAGACCCCUUAAAUUUGGUGUGGAAAAUCGACUUGAAGAAGACCGAUUUGUGGGCGGUCGGUGGUGAUGCACGCGGUAAGCGUGUGUGUGUGGGAAAUAAAUGAUGAUUGAAAUGGGCGAGGAGGUGCCGAAGUGAAUUAAUGCUGACAGAUGUAGAGAAAAGUGUACCUUGGAGAAGCAAGAGCGGUAUCUAUGGGGAAAACGAGUGUUGGUGAACUUGUGUAUUAACAUUACCGAGGAGCUGCAUCUUAUCCACGGCAACUGUAACUGGGAGCAGCAAAUCCGCCGGUGCUUGAAUCUGAAUGAGCUUGGAGCAUCGUUUGUUUUGGCGGUGUAAGCGAUUAGUCAGUUCGAAAAUCAUUCAGUGAACUGCUGCCACUGCAACAGCCACUACCCAACUACUCUAGUUCUUGUGUGUGAUGAAAUUGGACCCUCGAGACUGUGCCGCGUUCGUGUGUACUUCGUCGUGUCAAACCGUACAGGAACGUGUCAAGCAAAGAAGUUUGCUGAAAGGUGGGCUUAGCGUGGAGCACUGCAGACACGCGAAAAAAUAGACGUCCCGUCGUACGCCAACCGAGCAGGUCAACCUGGGGAAUAAUGAGUGUAAAAUUUCGGCACGCUUCGAUACUGCUUCCCCUCGGUGGCGGUGGUGGAGAUACUGGCGGUGAUAACCGUUGCUUUCAUCAGUAUCGUUUAGUGUACAUGUAAGUAACAGUGUAGUGAUCGUUAAAAGAGGUUCUCGGGUGUGCCAUGGCGGUACGAUUUACUAACCACCUGACGAUGAAUGGGCACGUGGUCUUGGUGUUGCUCAUGCUGUUGCUGUUUCAAAACUGUACCCGAUGCGGGGUGCAUGGCCUAAGUCCCACGCAGCAGACAGCCACUACCACUCAGGCGAAGAUGAUGCUGAAAGAAAGUUUACUGAUUCCGUCAAUGGAUCCGGAAAAGGAAGCCAAAGCUAUGUACGAGAAGGCAUUGCAGCAGUACGGCAUUGUGGGUCGGACAUUGAAGGAGAUUUGCAAACCUUGGCAGUCGAAAGGUUGUCAGUGUUCUGGUUCUUCGGAAGAGGUGACUCUUAACUGUCGAGGCAUUGGACUGGAGACGAUCCCGGUGAACUUGCCAGCGGAGCUUGUCAAACUUGACAUCAGCAGCAACAACAUCUCUAGUCUACCAAAUAAAUCGUUCGACAUGCUGCCAAAUCUGGAGGAACUGAUCCUCUCCCACAACACCAUAGAACACAUCGACAGCGAAGCGUUCUUCGGGCUGUCGAGUUUGAAAAAGUUGGUGCUCCAAAAUUGUGGCCUAGUGCGGAUACCGGCGGAAGCGCUGCGUCGAAUUCGCACCACCAUUUCCUCUCUGCAGUUGGACAGCAAUCUGAUAGCCGGAGUGGAGAACGUAACCUUUCGUGGGUUCAACUAUCUGAAGAGUUUGAGACUGGAAGGCAAUCUGCUGCAACGGAUCCCGACGGAAGCGUUGACCGGAUUGAGAUCAUUAGAAGCUUUAAACUUAGGAAAUAAUUUAUUAACUACAAUUAAGUCAGGAGAUUUUCCGAUUUUGGAAAGUUUACAUAUUUUAUUAGUAAAAAGAAAUCAAAUAAGUGAAAUUACUUCCGGUGCUUUAACAAAUUUAACUCGUUUAAAAGUCCUAGAAUUAGAUGAUAAUGUGUUAAGUUCAGUGCCUGUUGGCUUGGAGAAUCUCGUGAUGUUGCAGGAACUGUCAGCAUCCGGUAAUCGUAUCCGAUGGAUCUCAAAGGAUGAUUUUCCCAAAAGUCUAGUCACGCUUGAGCUCAAAUCUAAUCCGCUAGUUGGCAUCAAACCUGGUGCGCUGCAGAAUAUGCCACGACUCCGAAGGCUAAUACUUUCCGAUGUACGAGGCCUACAAGAACUACCUCCAUUAGAUGGCUGCACUUCGCUGGAAGUGCUGCGGAUCGACAGAGCCAACCUUACCAAACUACCUGAACAUAUUUGUAAGACUUCACCACGCUUAAGGAGUUUAGACUUGAAAUCCAAUAGAUUGAGAAUCAUUCCAAAUGUGACAAACUGUCGUGAUUUAAGAGUUUUAGAUUUAGCCGGUAAUAGAAUAAGCUCAAUCCACGGGGCCCCCUUCUCUAGUCUCAGCCAACUGCACGAUCUGCUGCUAUCGCACAACGAAAUCGAAUCGAUUCCACACGAUGCAUUCGUUGGCCUCUUUCGAUUGCAAGUCCUCGACAUGGAAGCAAACCAAAUCUACUUCAUCCACCAGGACGCCUUCAGGCCGCUAGUCAAGCUGGAAGAUUUAAACCUGGGAAAUAACAUCUUUCCCAACCUCCCUACGGCAGGGCUGGGCCGUCUGCUUCACCUGAAGACGUUCAACAAUCGAAAUCUGAGAGAAUUCCCACCACCGGAAUCGUUUCCCCGCAUUCAGACGCUUGCCCUUGCCUACGCGUACCAUUGCUGUUCGUUCCUGCCUCUGGUGGCCAGUGCCCCUAAAGUUCCUAAACAUCACCCCAUCAAGGAGGAGGUGCUCUUUCCGACUGACAACGAGUUCGAUAUGAGCUUGUGGAAUAAUAGCUACAAUGACAUCUGGCCGCAACUGCACAACUUAAGCAAAAAGUUCGGAACGCAGAUCAAUGACCUGCUGCAUGCGUACGGGCCCGAAUAUUUCCCAGGCGGUAUGCCCACCUACCCGGAGGAGUACUUUGAAGAGGAAGGCGGUGUCAGCCAUGCGAUACCCACAUCCCUACCGGGUACGGUCCAGUGCGUGCCAGAGCCGGGGCCCUUUAUGCCGUGUCAGGACCUUUUCGAUUGGUGGACACUUCGCUGCGGCGUUUGGGUUGUUUUUCUACUGGCGAUGCUCGGCAACGGGACGGUUGUGUUCGUGCUUAUAUUCUCCAGAUCCAAAAUGGACGUUCCGCGGUUCUUGGUGUGUAACUUGGCAGCAGCGGAUUUCUUCAUGGGAAUCUAUUUGGGGUUUCUGGCGGUCGUAGACGCUUCUACACUGGGGGAGUUCCGUAUGUACGCAAUUCCGUGGCAGAUGAGUGCUGGAUGUAAACUGUCUGGAUUCCUGGCGGUGCUGUCAUCGGAACUGUCGGUCUAUACAUUGGCCGUAAUCACGCUGGAACGGAACUACGCCAUUACGCAUGCCAUGCAUUUGAAUAAAAGGCUAUCACUAAGGCAUGCCGGAUACAUAAUGACAAUAGGGUGGGCCUUUGCCAUUACGAUGGCAAUACUACCCUUAUUCGGAGUAUCGGACUACCGAGUGUUCGCCGUAUGUCUUCCAUUCGAAGUUACCAGUGGGACCGGUAGCUUGGCCUACGUCGUGUUUCUGAUGUUCAUCAACGGUGUAGCUUUUCUUAUAUUAAUGGGAUGCUACCUGAAAAUGUACUGCGCUAUCCGAGGCUCCCAAGCGUGGAACUCCAACGAUUCACGAAUAGCCAAGCGAAUGGCACUAUUGGUCUUCACCGACUUCAUAUGUUGGUCACCGAUAGCAUUCUUCUCACUGACAGCCGUAUUCGGUCUGCAUCUAAUCUCUCUAGAACAAGCCAAAGUAUUCACUGUUUUCGUCCUACCUCUCAACUCCUGUUGCAAUCCGUUCCUGUAUGCCAUUCUGACUAAACAGUUUAAGAAAGACUGCGUCCUCAUCUGCAAGGCGAUCGAGGAGUCUCGGGUAACCCGAGGUAUUGGUCGCUGUCGCCAUAGUUCAAAUUUCAGUAAUCGCCACACACCGGCCAAUACGAAUUCGCUGGUGGAAAGAUCCUCUCGUGAGCUUCCGCCGCUGUUGCCUGGCCAAACUUGUAAUUGUUCAGCGAAGCUGAUGGAGCAAGAGAAUCUACGUCGGCGUCUUCAACAGCAAAGCACCUUUUCCAAGACGUGGCGCAGGUUAUUAUGCAAUCUUGGCCAACAAGGCGAUGGUCGCCGAGGUAGGCGAAACGGCGACCAAUAUGCGUACCAAAUAGCAGAAAUCCAACAAAAGCAACACAAGCGAGCGGGAUCCGUAUCGUCCAGUGAGAAUUUCAGCUCCUCCCGGUCAGAUUCAUGGCGACAUGCUCAGCACCACUGCGGAAUACCUCUGCGGCUUCUGGAUCCACGGCGGAGACACACAUCGUGGUUGAUUACGAGAAAAACAUCGCAGGACUCCAAUCUCUCCAGCUCGAGGAACGACUCUUCCGGGUCAACUGCCACGCAGAGCACCGGGACGUGGCGAAUAUCACGCUCCAGCGCUAGCAACUCGGUUGUACUGCCCGGUGUGAAAAUUGAUGGCGUUCCACAUGCACAUUAUACUAGUGGCGCUCGUCAAUCAAUCCCAGGCGGCAAACCCCGUCUCGUACGGCAGUCAGCCGUACAUGACGAUUACUCGCAGGAGCUGUCGUGUUCGCCACCUCGGCUCGGCGUUCGUUUCCUGCCUACAAUCCCGUCGGCAGCCGACAGCAGUAUACAGCUGGACGACGAGUCGGCGGAAGCGGAAUCGAGUCCCUCGUCGUGCCACAGCGAGCCCGCUAUCUGCGGUGCGGAUGUGGAAGCAGCCGGUGCCGGUCCCAGCGGAGGAAGUAAUCAAUCGCAACCGCAGCAAAACCUAUCCCCCGCCCCUUUCUAUGCCAUCCUUCACGGGGACAAUCCUCAGGCCACUGUCUCUAGUCUCAAAGAUAAAACCAAGCCGCCGUGAGCGGUCGGGCAACAGCUUUAGAUUUAAGAACCAUCCGCUAGAACAAGUAUUGAUCUUUUCACUCUAUAUCUCUCUUUAUAGAAAGUUUCGGUUUCUAAAGUGCUUACUCAGAGAUGUUUAAUUAGUCAAAAAGGUCUCAUUAAUUGAAUUUCCAUCAAUUUCGAUGGAGGAGAGCUCGAAGUGGAGCUUACUUUCGACACGACUAUUGAACGAUCGAUAUAAUUUUUAUCUACUACUAGCGAUAAAGAAAAUCCGAACCAGUGUGAUACUUGAAGAAUACUUUUUACUCAUAGGAUAUAUUUGUAAUAAUUUAUUGUAUAAAAUAGGUUAGCAAAUUACAUGACAAAUGGGGCAUUCAUAGAAACGGAAACAGAGUGUGGAUAUUUUAGGCAGCGUGGGUAAUAAAUCGGUCACCAAGGCAUCUUAGAUCGAAAAGCAUUUGAACGAUGUUGAAGGCCAUCAUUUUACCUUUACCACAAUAUAUUGAUUCUC